AUGCCCACAACCCCAGAGGUUCCCAAGCAAAAGGCUUGCUUGAUCUGCAUUGACGGAUGGGGUGUGUCUACUGAAGAAAGCCCUCGUGGCGAUGCUAUUCGCAAUGCCAACACCCCAGUUAUGGAUAAAUUGGAGAAGGAAUACCCAUUCACUACUAUCAGUGCUCAUGGUUUGGACGUUGGAUUACCUGCUGGAUUGAUGGGUAACUCAGAGGUCGGUCAUCUCAAUAUUGGCGCGGGUCGCGUAGUGUACCAGGAUAUCGUCCGUAUCGAUCUUGCAAUGAGCCAAAACGAGUUCGGCAAGGUUGAAAACAUUAAGGGUGCCUUUGAACAUGCAAAGGCUGGUAACGGUCGCCUUCAUUUCCUCGGACUUGUGUCUGAUGGUGGUGUACAUGCCCACAUUGACCAUCUUAUUGCCUUAUUGAAGGCUGCUAAGGAAGCCGAAGUUCCCGAAGUUUACAUCCACUUCUUUGGUGAUGGUCGUGAUACCUCUCCCAAGUCUGCUUACAAAUAUAUGCAGCAGCUCGUUGAUGCCACAAAGGAGCUUGACUAUGGAACCAUUGCCACCGUCGUAGGUCGCUAUUAUGCCAUGGACCGUGAUAAGCGUUGGGAGCGUGUUCAAAUUGCAUUCGAGGCUCUGACCGAGGGCAAGGGUACCAAGGCUGAUGACCCAGUCAAGGCUAUCGAAGAGCGUUAUGAGGCUGGUGAAACUGAUGAGUUCCUCAAGCCUAUCAUCUUAUCUGAGGAAGGCCGUAUCCGUGACAACGACACUCUCUUCUUCUUCAACUUCCGUUCUGACCGUGCUCGCGAACUUUCUCAGUCAUUUGGAAUUUCUCCCUGUCCUUUCGACUCAAAGGUCCCCGAGAACUUGGAUAUCUAUACCAUGACUCAGUACAAGAGCGAUUUUCCUUUCAAGAUCGCCUUCCCUGCCCAGACCAUGGACAACGUACUGGCCGAGUGGUUGGCUAAAAACAAGAUUCCCCAGGUUCACAUCGCUGAAACCGAAAAGUAUGCCCAUGUUACCUUCUUUUUCAACGGAGGUACUGAGGCUCAGUUUGACCUCGAAGACCGUGGUUUGGUGUCUUCUCCCAAGGUUGCCACCUACGACUUGCAGCCCGAGAUGAGUGCCCAAGGUGUGGCUGAUAAGGUGGCUGAUGCCAUUGGCUCAGAUAAGUAUCCAUUUGUGAUGUGCAACUUUGCUCCUCCUGAUAUGGUUGGUCACACUGGUAUCUAUGAAGCUGCUAUCAAGGCUGUUGAGGCUACCGAUGCUGCUAUUGGCACAAUCUAUGAUGCCUGCAAGAAGCACGGCUACAUUUUGUUUGUCACUGCUGAUCAUGGAAAUGCCGAGAAGAUGCUCUCAGACGACUUCAAGACUCCCCACACUGCCCACACAUGCUCUCCUGUUCCUUUUGUCAUGGCUUCCCAUGAGUUCAAGUAUGUUGAGAACCCCAAGGGCAAGUUGGCUGAUGUUGCUCCCACUAUUCUUCGUGUAAUGGGCCUUGAUGUUCCUAAGGAGAUGACCGGCCACAGUCUUUUGGAUGAGAACUAG